CGCAACCCGGAAGCAGAGGCGAGCCGCGCGGCGUGGCGGGGUUGCGGUUCCGGGUCGGGUCUCGCUGCUGCCCGCGCUCCGCUCACUGCCGCAGCGCCCCGCCCCCGCACUCCGGACCUGGGCAGGCGGUGGCCGCCCGGCAGCUCCCGGGGCCACAUGGCUGAGGGGGACGCAGGCAGCGACCAGAGGCAGAAUGAGGAAAUUGAAGCAAUGGCUGCUAUAUAUGGCGAGGAAUGGUGUGUCAUUGAUGACUGCGCCAAAAUAUUUUGUAUUCGAAUUAGCGACGAUAUAGAUGACCCCAAGUGGACACUUUGCUUACAGGUGAUGCUACCAAAUGAAUACCCAGGUACAGCUCCACCUAUUUAUCAACUAAAUGCUCCUUGGCUUAAAGGGCAAGAACGGGCAGAUUUAUCUAAUAGCCUUGAGGAAAUAUACAUCCAGAAUAUUGGUGAAAGUAUUCUUUACUUGUGGGUGGAGAAAAUAAGAGAUGUCCUGAUACAAAAAUCUCAGAUGACAGAACCAGGCCCAGACGUAAAGAAGAAAACUGAAGAGGAAGACAUUGAAUGUGAAGAUGAUCUUGUUUUAGCAUGUCAACCAGAAAAUCAAGUUAAAACUUUGGAUUUUGAUGUCAGUGAAAAUCGAACAGAAAUAGAAGAAUUGCCUCCAAUUGAUCAUGGCAUUCCUAUUACAGACCGAAGAAGCACUUUUCAGGCACACUUGGCUCCAGUAGUUUGUCCCAAACAGGUGAAAAUGGUUCUUGCCAAAUUGUAUGAGAAUAAGAAGAUUGCUAGUGCCACCCACAACAUCUAUGCAUACCGAAUAUACUGUGAGGAUAAGCAGACCUUCUUACAGGACUGUGAGGAUGACGGGGAGACAGCAGCUGGUGGGCGUCUUCUCCAUCUCAUGGAGAUUUUGAAUGUGAAAGAUGUCAUGGUGGUGGUAUCACGCUGGUAUGGAGGGGUUCUGCUAGGACCAGAUCGCUUCAAACAUAUAAACAACUGUGCCAGAAACAUUCUAGUGGAGAAGAACUACACAAAUUCACCGGAGGAAUCAUCUAAGGCUUUGGGAAAGAACAAAAAAGUAAGAAAAGACAAGAAAAGGAGUGAACAUUAACAUCUGAAACUAUAUGAAAGGUUAAUUUGCAUAUAAUUACAUACAAAUUCCACGGUCAUCCAAGAAUAUAUUGUGCAGAGAGAGAAUCCUGGACUGUUCAAGUCAGCCAAUUCAUUGUGAACACCAGCAUAUUUUUUGUUCUUUGGUUAUAUCAUCUGCCAAAAUAGAGAACUUGUGAUAUUUUCAUGUGUUUCAGGCUGAUUCAGAAGGAUUAAUUUGAAGUUAAUCACCACUGCAUCUAAUUUUAGAAAGGUAACAGUUGCCCAGGGAAGUACCUGAGUUAACUGUCCAUUUCAUUACAUGUCAAGUGCCUUUGUUAGGUGGGGAAGAAGUGUCUCUAGAGGAACAUAAAUACCUGAUUUCUCGUCAUUGGGAUUCUCAUUUUGUUAAGUGAGUAUUACCUUUUACUGCUCUUUAUGGUUUAUUGGACUAGGGGCUCAUUGAAGAUUGAUCUUCAAGAGUUUCUUCUUGUAAUUUUAGUUCAUAAGUCUGUCACCUUUCAUCUUAUAGUGUUCAUCAUGGCGUAAUGGAUUAAGUGAAAAUCCAGGAGUAUACACCUGCAGUUAAUGUGCUGAAGUGAUAAUUCAUCUAACAGAUUUGUUAGCAUAAGUGUUAUGCCUCAAUUUUCUGUUGCAAAUUGGUGUUUGUGAAUUUUCAAAGUGAUUUUCUAGUCUCUACUUUUUUGUUUAAUUCUUGUUCUGUUAAGCAGUAAAUAUGGUGUGCCAGUAGUCUCCUCCCACCGCUGAAAUGUAUUGGUGUAAUAGUCUGGUUUCUUCGAACAACCUGGAAGUACUUUUCUUGUGAUCUGCAUUGAGCAUUAGAACUGUGCCGCAGCUGCGCUAGGUUACCGGGACAUUUAUGGGAUGGCAGAGAGGUGGCAGACGCCGCUGGUGCGGAGCGACGGUGUGCUGCAGUUCUGUGCAGGCGGUGCACUUUUCCUAGUCACACUCCAGCUAUCUUUCUCAACUCCAUGAUUUGUGGAGAGAAGGAACGAAUCUUUGAUGGGAGAAACAGAGAAAAUCCCUCUCACCCCCCCCCCCCCCAUUCUUAUAAAAUCUUCCUUUCAUCAGUUUUUUAUAAAAGUUGCUUUUUUCAUUUGCAAGUUGUACAAUUUACCACUACUGCUGCUGCUGCUGCUAAGUCGCUCCAGUUGUGUCCGACUCUGUGCAACCCCAUAGACGGCAGCCCACCAGGCUUCCCCGUCCCCGGGACUCUAGGCACUUAGAAAAUAAAUUUAUCUGUGAGAUAUUAUAAGUCAUUAACUAUUCCCUUUCAGAUAAUAGUUGUAAGCAACUAUUAAAAAUUAUUAGUUAGUCACAGAUUUGCCUGAAAUUCUCUUCCAAAGAGGGAACAGAAAUAAGGAAGCGGUGUGGAAUGGUGCUGGAGCAUGGAAAACAUCAAAGAAAAGUGGACACAUUGUUUUUUUUUCUAUUCUCUAAUGUUUGAAUUUUAGGAGAUCCAACAUCUUGACUUGGUAUUUUUAAUUAGAAUUUAGUAAACUGCUUUACUCUAGAAAGGAUUCUGAGAGGUAAUAUCUAAAUUACAUUUGUCGUCAGUGUGUUUAAUUGUUGUAACCCAUAUUUAUUUAAAACAUUUACCUCAAAUUCCAUGAAAAAGUAUGUUUUAUGUAUUAACUGUUAAAGAACUUAAAGGCUAUUAACAUUAAAAUGAUUUCACAGUUUUGGCCUGUCAAAGAAGAUAAAAAACAGUAAGAACUGGUGCUACAGAAAAAUGUGAGUUAAUUUUUCUGCAACACCAAAUUUGAAUUUCUUUCUAGCUGUUUUAUCUAACAUUUAUUUAGAUCUUUAUGCUGCUGCUGCUAAGUCACUUCAGUUGUGUCCAACUCUGCGACCCCAUAGACGGCAGCCCACCAGGCUCCCCCGUCCCUGGGAUUCAUCUUUAUGGAAAACCUUUUAAUCUCUGAUCCCAUUUUCCCUUACUUAACAACAACAACAACAACAACUUAUUUUUGCUUCUUUUAUUAACCACAUUUUCCAGACUAAAAAAACCCUAAUAUCCUUUGCCCAAAGUCAGCUGGUAAAAAGGAGAGAUCCAGAAGUCCCCAGUUACGGAACCUGAGUUAUUUCACACUCUUCAUUAUGGACCCCUAACUAGUUAUAGUAUCCUUUUGUCUAUUUAAAAUUUUUCUCGAUUAGAAGGUUUCCAAAUUCUCCAAAUAAUAAUUUUCUAUAGCUAGAUCUAUGCUGUGGCAUAUUUUAUAGUAUAUUGUGUGAGUUAAAAAUAUUCUCCAUAUGCCAGUAUGAAAGAGCCAGUAGCAUCUACUUUUUAAAUGGAAUAGCAGUAUGAUUUGGAGGUAUAUAUCAUGAUACAGAGCCUAUUUGAAGAGAAAUUAUAUCAAAUUGAUCACAACCAAGAAAGAAUAGCAUGAAGCAGAUACUGUUUGGAAGGCAGGUAAAAUUUAUUGUGAAAAGUCUAUAGCCACUUGUAAUUCCACUGUCUAGAGAUAACGUUAUUAACAUUUGGUAUGCUUCUAUUUUUUUCCUAUGCAUGAUUUUGUAUAUAUGGCUAUUUUUCUUUCCAUAAAAAUGGUAUUAAACUGUAUAUACUGUUUUGUAUCUUGCAUAUUUCAUAUAGAGGUAUAUUGUUAACAUUUUCCCAUGUCAAUAAAUAUUCUUCUAUGGCUUAA